AUGGCGUCCACCGCCCAAAAACACACACACACGCCGCCGUUGCACGUUUUGCUGGACGCAGUACGGGCGUCACGAGACCACGACGCUCAGGACCAAGCCCACGACGACAACGACAACGACAACGACAACGACAACGACAACGACAACGACAACGACAACGACGACCACCACGCGUUUGAAGCGUUCCUCAAACGGUCCCAUUGCGAGGAAAACCUCGACUUCUUGCUCGCCACCGACCCCUACGUCCAUGGCGUCCCCACCGACGCCCUGGCCAGCUGGAUCCACGACGUUUACCAGAUCUACAUUCAAACAGACUCCUCCCGCGAAUGCAACCUGCCUCAUGCCAUCCGCCAGACUUUCGACGAGUGUGCACGCGGUGGCACCGUACCGCCGCGUGCCAGCAUCGACGCGGCCCGCAAUCACGUCUUUUGGCUCCUGCAAGACGCUCAUUCCAAGUUUUCACAUUCGCGGCGCCGCUGCUCGCGGCCUGCCGCGUGUAAACACACACAUUGCUACACCCUAGCGACCCGAUGCAUGGCCGCGUCACACGCGCCAACGUGCCCGCAACAUCAUCAGUCCGUGAGCACCACGCCUCGCGUUGAUCUGCGUCCAUAUCUCGACGACUUCGCCGUUGAAGAAGACGACGACGACGACGACGCUGACGACGACGAUGAUGAUGACGACCAUGACAACGAAUGCGACGAUCGCGACGAUCAAAAAUCCAAACACAAGCACGAUCACGAUCACGACCACGAUCACGACCACGACCACGACACCCACAACGAAGAUUACAGGACCCGACCCAGCCAGGCACUCGCCCUGGCCGAAUUCCCGGCCACCUAUCGCAUCAACACCAACAUUUUGGGCAAUUUUUCCCGGUCUGCGUCUACGCCAACCUCCACGCCUACUUCGCCGUUUCCAGCACGAGGCUCGCCCUUGGCCUUCAGCCAUCUUUCACAUGCGACCACCUCCACCGCAACUGUGACCACGACCGACCGUGGCACCAACCCGAUGACUGCACCUUCCACUGCUUCUUCGUCCUUUUCCACAACCACAGCGGCGAGCGCUGGCUUCAAACCGGCCAAACUCAAGAACACGGGCAAAAAACUCGUUCAUAAGUUUAAAUUUCGCAGGAGCAGUUCCGGCAGCUCGAACUCUUCCACAAAUCCACUGUGA